AUGAAAGGAGGAGAACUAGAAAAAGCCUUGGACAAAAAUGAAAACCUAAUAGUUUCGAAGGAGGGAUGUCCAUUCUGCCUAGAUGCAGUAGAGAUAUUAAAUGAAUGGAAGAUAAAGUUUGAUGAGGUGAGAAACAUAGAGAAUGAAGAACUCUCGAAGGAGAUAGAAAGGAGGUAUGGGAUCUCCACAUUCCCGAAGAUUUUCCUUAAGAGACGAUUUGUUGGGGGAGCAAGCGACUUGAGGAAGUAUGUAACAAAAAAAGAGUUUGUUGAUGCCUUUGGUUCUGAAAGAAAAUAA